AAGCAACCCUCAACCUCAGCGAAGACGUCCAAAAGAUCAAAGUCGUAGUCCUAGGAGGGGUAAUCCUAGGGCCCGAAGUCCGAGGAGGGACAACACUCAAGUUGCUGGGGUCAUAGCUGUCAUCGCCGGAGGACCAUCCGGCGGAGAAAACAAUUCUGCUCGCAAACCAUAUGCUAGGCAACCUCGAACAAGUGAGCCGCAAGAGAAAAGGGCUCAUAGGGAGACACAAAUAACCUUUACAGACGAAGACACGGGUAACAUUCUAACUCAUCAUGAUGAUCCCAUGGUCGUUACACUUACGAUUGGAAAUUAUGGGGUCAAAAGAGU